AUGCGGCCACUCAUACUUUUCAAUUUUCUUUCUGUUUUACCUCUUAUACCAACACUGGUUCAAGCCGAUGGAGGUAGCUUAUCGCUUACUACUUAUCACAAGAAUCAAUUUGAAACCGCCUUGGACCAUGUUCUUCCUUCUCUCGACCCUGCUUCAGGCGAACUCAAGUGUUGCCCAGACGGCUAUCAUUUCGACGGCGCGCGAUGUGCUGUGACACCGGUCUGUGGUGCUGGUUGCCAGUACAAGCACGGCAAAUGUGUUGCUCAAGGGAAGCCGUCAUGCCCCCCCAACACCGUUCUACAAAACGACAAGUGCUUUUCUAUCUAUCCUCCCGACUGCGACAAAGAUGCGAUAUUGGAGGACGGUAUCUGUGUCAUGAACAAAGUUUGUGGUAGAAAAUCCUACUAUGACUUUGAAAUCGGAAAGUGUGUCUACAACAAAGGCCCAGAGUGCCAACCGGGCUAUUUAUUCCUUGAUGGCAAGUGCAUCACUCACAUCGAACCAAAUUGUACCACGCAGGCAGUACCGGACCUGACGUGGGAUGGAUCGGAUUGUGUUAGCACACCAUUUUGUACAAAUGGAGAAUAUAACGACAAAUUGGGUCUUUGUGUCUGGGGUGAGGCUAAGUGCGAGGACAACAGCACGCUUGAAGGCGACAAUUGCAAAUCGGAUAGCCCACCCACCUGCUCUUUUUCAGAAGAUGAAUACAAACCUGACUUGAAGAAAUGUGUGUCAACCAAGCAUUUCUGUCACGACGAGGGUUAUACACUGGACAUAUACACCAACCAAUGUCACCACCAAGAAAAGCCUCACUGCAAAGACCAGGGAGUUUUUGCUUCAUAUGAUCAGAAGCACAAGACUUCCCGCUGCUGCCCUAUUGAUACCUACUGGGACGGCAGUCUUAAUCGGUGCGUCAAGAAUGGCCAGCAUGCCCAGAGCAAGUGCGAUGUCGGUUUCAUCAAAUCCAACGGCAAAUGCGUGACUCUGGCCAAUACACAGCCCUCUUGCCCCCACGGUGCCAAGCUUGUUGGGGAUGCUUGUGUUAACAUUGCUGGACCUACUUGCGAGCAUGAAUAUGAUUCUCUAAAUGGUGAUUGCGUCGAGCGAAAGAACCCCAUCUGCGCGAAAGAUUUUGAGUUCGAUGCUUCCGAUGGGAAGUGUUACCACAAGAAAGCCGUGGAAUGCAAAGAUGGAUCCGCACUGCGAGACGGCUACUGUGCUUUACUGAAUGAAGUCCCGCGCUGUCCACACAAUCACAUUCUCGACUCCAAGGGCUGUCUUUCUACUGAAAAGCCUUCCUGUCUAUCAGGGAGCACCUUCGAUGGUCACAAUUGUGUGGUGACUGCAGUAGAUAAGAAACCAUGGUGCCGUGAUGGCAGCUUUGUCAAUGGAAAAUGCGUUUUAACAGACCGCACACCCACAUGUGCUAGGGGUGCGACAAUUGACAAGCGCGGUCGAUGCGUGGUUCUCCCUACAUGCGGCAAUAAAAGUGGUUCAAAGGAGGUACGCAGAGGAGAUAAAUGCUUCGUCCAGAUCCCAGGAUGCGACCACGACAGUUUCUACGACCCCCAAUCAAAAUCCUGCACUUGUGCACAGAUCCUCAAAUGUGAAGAGGGUUUCAAGUUGAACAACGGAAAGUGCGAAAGCAUCGUCCCAGCCGAAAUCUGCACAGGUAACACUUAUCCAAAAGGCGGAAAGUGCUGUAUGAGACCCUUGUGCGAGGAUGGAGGUGUAUGGAACUUCGAAGAGCAGAAAUGUUAUCUAUCAGAGCAGCCAUGUCCUGAUGGAUUCCUUCUUUAUCCCGGUGGUAAAUGCGUCAGACUCGAGACACCGCACUGCCCAGGCGAGAACUUCGAAUGGGAUGAUGACUCCCGCGAGUGCAGAUGGACAAAGCCAGUCGAAUGCAAAAAUGGAGAUUUCGACCCCGUUACCGAGACAUGCGAAGGCCGCAACACCUGUCCAAAAGAUUAUCAACCUGUCGACGGCUGCUGCUUGCCCGAAGACAAGGAGAUUGAAUGCCUCGACGUCAAUCUCAGGGACUGCGAUGCGCCAGGUACUUACAAAACUCGCAGGCGGCUCAUUGAAGCUGUACUUGGUCGGGAAGGCGUCGACAAGACCCACUACGCGAUCUCCCCACCUUAUGUGGUUCGCGUUGCCAAUGGAACCGACCCGAAGGAUUUCGGUUCCAUCGCCUACCCCGGAUCUGGACACCUUGACAAAGCACCUACCAGGGAACUUGGGUCGGGAGAAACCGAGCCUCAGGAGGAAGCCCCUCAAGUGCCGAUCUCUCAAGACUCUAAGCCUCAAGACCCUACUCCUCAAGAUCCCGCGCCCAAAGAGCCAGCUUCUCAAGAGCCAACUUCCGAGGAGCCAACAUCCCAUGAGACAGAGGCUUCGGAGCCGACAGUGGGUGAGCAUAAGCCAGAAGAUCAUGAGUCCAAGCCAGACUACACAGGGGAUUAUGAGGAUUAUGAGGACGUGAAGGAUGAGGAAGAUGAGGAGGAAGCCCGUUUGCGACAGGCAGCUGAUCACUCAGGCUGGGACCUGUGA